AUGCCACCCAAGAGAGCAGCCACCAAACGCCAAUACUCGGCCGUCGACGUCGAGUCGGAUGCGGAUUCCUCAACUUUGGAAGGCACCGCCCACGCCGCUCCCAAAAGGAAGACAUCCACAACAACAAAGCCUACCGCUACCAAGAAAGGUCCAGCAGCCAAAGGUCUUACGACGUCGCUCAAACACCUCAAGCCUGUACAAGUGUUGGAGAAGAUGGAUGGCGGUCUGGUUGCUGCAUUCAACCUCACAAUGUAUAUCGCCGAUGCUUCGCACACCGCCUGCGACACUACAUCCAAAAUGUCUGGCUAUGGCGACAGCGAAGCUCCCUUUGCCGAAUUGGACGAGCAGCUGUUGGACUUGAUUGAGAAGAGGAAUACACGAUCGCCAGCUACACGGCAAGAUGGGCUACCUGCUGUGCCAAAGCGAUGGACAAGAGCAGACGCCGAUGUAGGCGUGUUUGAGACUGGGAGGCCAAACAAACAACAAUACGGUCAAAUGGAAAGACAAAAGCUGGAAUGGGAGGAAGACAGAAGGGAGAAGAGGAGGGAGAGAAGAGAGACUGUCAAUAACUGUGCUGCUGCUGCGCUGCAAGAUCUUGAAGAGGAGAGGGAUUAUUUUGAACAAUAUGGUGUUGAGAAGUAUUUUCCCAAGAGUAUUGUCAGGCUGAAGGGGUUGUCAAGGUCUGAGGAUAUGAUCACUGCUGGAGGUGAUGCUGCUUGGAUACAGACAUCGUUGUCCUACUACACAAACCCUCAAUACUUCUUCCCAGUCUCCUUCUUUGACUUCUAUAUCAGCAGACUCUUUCCUGGGCUUCCCAUCUUCUCCUUCAUCCCAGUCUUCAACUUCUUCACGUCUUUCACAACGAACGCCUUUGCCAGUUCAUCCAUACAAACCUCUUCUGCCGUUUUCACUUCUCUCGCUAUCUCUUUAUCACUGGAACAAUCAAUCACUUUGUCGCGAUAG